AUGUCAGCAAUGCAUCGACCGCUGUUACAAGAAGAGCUGGCGAGAGCAGAAAUUGUGCUGUGGAAGCUGGCACAGAGCGAGAGUUUUCCUGAUGAAACGACGGUGCUGGUGAAAAACAGAAACAGAAGAGCUGACCAGGUUCCGAUCAGGAUUGAGAAAAAUAGCAUUCUGUAUAAGCUGACACCAAUGUUGGAUGAAAAUGGCGUCGUUAGGCUAGGUGGUAGGAUGGAAGCGUCGGAGAAACUUCCGUUCGACAAGAAGUACCCUAUCAUUCUUAGCCGAAAUCACGACAUCAUUCAAAAACUGAUCCAACAUUACCACGAGAAGUAUGCCCACGGAAACCGUGAGACAGUUUUUAACGAAAUGCGGCAGAAGUUUCACAUUCCAAAUUUCCGCGCCGCGAUUGGCCAGGUGGUGCGAGGAUGUAUGAGGUGUAUGGUGUCGCGCAGUCGUCCACAAGUUCCGUUGAUGGCUCCGCUACCAGUUCAACGAAUUUCUCCACAACUACGUCCGUUCAAUGCCGUAGGAGUAGACUACCUGGGACCGGUCGAGGUUACGGUUGGUCACAGGAGAAUUGAGAAACGGUGGAUAGCAUUAUUCACGUGCUUGACUAUACGAGCUGUGCAUUUGGAGGUGGUACACUCGCUGUCGUCGCAAUCCUGCUUGAUGGCAAUCAGGCGAUUCAUGAACAAGUUCGGUUGUCCAGACGAGUUCGUUUCCGGUAACGGAACCAAUUUCAAAGGAGCGAGUAAGGUGCUGUUGGAAGAGCUGAAGCAGUUGGAGAUUGAGUGUGCUGAAGGAGUAACCAGUGCCACUACAAAGUGGCAUUUCAAUCCGCCCGGAGCGCCGCACAUGGGCGGCAUCUGGGAACGUAUGGUUCGAUCCGUCAAGGAGACGAUGGCGGCUCUGUGUGAUGGGAGGAAACUUUCCGAUGAGAUCCUGCUGACAACGUUGAGCGAAGUGGAGGAUAUCAUCAACAUGCGGCCGUUGACCUACAUGCCGCAGGAGUCGGCGGAGCCGGAAGCCCUAAUGCCCAAUCAUUUCUUGCGUGGAACGGUUCGAAGCGCAGACGUCCGGCUAGCUGGUCGGGUGAACGAAGCGGAAGCACUUAGGGAUGCGUACAAGCGGUCCCUACACUUAGCAGAUAACAUGUGGGAGCGGUGGUCGAAGGAAUACCUGCCCACGAUAAAUCAACGCUCGAGGUGGUUUGAAGAUCAAAAGGAUCUGAAAGUUGGUGAUUUGGUGUUCAUCACGGAUGGGAAGAACCGAAAGAAUUGGACACGAGGAAAAGUAGAGGAAGUGUUUGCAGGGAAAGAUGGAAGAAUCCGACAGGCGAACGUACGGACGGCUGGUGGCGUGUAUAGAAGAGCCACAGCGAACUUGGCGGUGUUGGAAUGCUAA